AUGGCACCAGGCAUCAUAGAAAGAGCUCUUCCAGACAGUCUGUCUGCAGCCUCUGGGAAGCCCACUGUCUACCUCCUUGACACAUUCCAUCCCCAAGUCCUCGCCUAUGUCAAAGAAAACUUUGAUGCCAUCACGACAGAUGACCCUCGUCACAGCCAAUGGCGACAAGAGGCACGAUACCUUCUUGUUAGAUCGUCUCGUUUGACGGCACAAGACAUCAAAUCCUGUCCCAACCUGGUGGCGCUUGGCAAACAAGGAGUCGGGUUAGACAAGAUAGAUGUCGAUGCUUGCGCUAGCCGUGGCAUCAAAAUUUUCAAUACGCCUGGCGUCAAUGCGCGAGCAGUCGCUGAGCUUGUUUUGACUCUUGCCACUGCUUCUGCCCGCCAAGUUGGAUCUAUCAUCGCAAAGCAAUCAUCCGGUAUCCUUGUCCCAAAGGAGAAAUGCUCUGGUUUGAUCCUUCAUGAAAAGACCGUGGGCAUCCUGGGAAUGGGUAACAUCGGCAAAUGUGUCGCCAAGAUCUUCAGAGGUGCUUUUGACGCAAAUGUCAUUGCAUACGAUCCUUUUCUUCCUGCAGAUGCCUGGGACGAUAUUCCUCACAAACGCGCUACUUCAGUCGAGGAGGUCUUGAGGUCAUCCGAUGUCAUCACAGUGCAUAUGCCAUUGACCCCAGAGACAAGGAAUCUCAUCAAUUAUGAUCAAAUGAAGAAGAUGAAGAAGACCGCCAUUAUCAUCAACACUGCACGAGGCGGCAUCGUUAACGAGGAUGAUCUCCAGCAAGCGUUGUCAGAGAGUCUGAUAUGGGGAGCAGGGCUAGACUGCCAUACGGAGGAACCGCCCAGUUAUGAGAACUACAGAGGUCUUUGGGAGACCGGAAAGGUUGUCAGCACGCCUCAUAUUGGAGCUGCCACAGCCGAGACACAAAUGCAAACAGGCAUGGCAGCGGCGAGAUAUCUGUUAGAAUUCGCAUUGGAGAAUGUGUAG